AUGAUGAGGACCCUUGCCGAAGCACCUCAAAUUCCGGUGCCAAGGCGUGCGGGAGAACCGGCCAACAGGAGCAGCCAGGAAGACGACACCCCACGACGUGGACUUGGUAAGGGAAGGCCUGGUCUGCCACGCAAGGAGGAUGUCACCCGCAGGCAAAAACGAAACAGGGCGGAGAAAGAAAUUGCGCCGGCGAAGCGAGCGAAGCCAACAAAAACUCCCGCCCCUUCUUCCCCUCCCCAGCAACGCCCAACGCCAAACCAGCCAAACGUCAAUCCACCAAAGCAACCAGCGCCCGAGCCCCGCAGAGUGUUGAGGCUGCAAACGAUCACGGCGAGUGGAACGAAACGCGAAAUGGCCAUCCAGCGUUUGGGCGAAGGUGAAAAAGACCGCCCACCAACACACAAAGAGCUGUUCCUGUUCUUUCAGGAAAUGAACGAGUGGAAACGCCUGGACGAGCGCCUUGUCGCCCCAAUGCAGGAGAUUCAGGCCGAGUCUGUACGUAUGGCUGAAGACGAUGAGAUGUCCGUGAUAGUCACGCAAAUGCUUCGGCUUGCUGGCUUAUCCAACGGCGUUGCCAACUGUUCACGCCAUACAAUUGGAUGCAUGGUGCGUGCUGUGCACGAGAGACACGUCGACGACGACGGCAACGAGGAACGCAGGAUCGGCGCCACGCUCGACCAGCUGCAAGACGACCUCGAGGCCAUGCAGUAUGAUGUCUACGUAAAAUCGCUGGAGGAUUGUGGGUGCGACGAAUGCACUGCAUGCGUCGAAUUCGACAAGGCCUACAAUGCGUGAGUACAUUAAGUAGGAACUAGAAAUACAUGUCGCGGUGUUAAACACCAUCAUUUUAUUGUUUAAUAUGUUUUCAAAAUCGAAGAAGCCUCCAAAAUCAUCACUUUUAAUUAUUACAAAAUUAUCAAUUUCCCAAAAUUGUAUGUUCAGUAUGUUAUUAUGCGUAACAUGACACGAAACAGUUUAUUUUCUGGAUGCGAUUACCUGCUAAAGCAAUGAAGAAAAUCAUUUUAAUUACUUAGCUUGCUUCGUUUACAUUUUAUUAUAACAACUGAUGACGUCGUUUUGUUUGCAAAACAAAGAAACUUAAAUCGUAAAGCGAUUUUUCGUUGCAAUCAGUAGCAGUAAAUGAAACUUUUUGUCUAUUAUUGUCAUUCAAAGUUACUUCAGCAGCGUGGUUUAUUGGAUGCUUGCAAUUAUGUUGAACUUACAAAUUACGUCACCAUUUCAAGUCUUAAAAUGUUAAAAUCUCAGAAACAAAAUAGCCUGUGAACAGACGUUACUCUCGAUAAAGCGCGCGAGAGAACGUCUGUGAGUUGGAUUCCUUUUUCCGGUCACGUGGAUUUUCCACAGAUUUGUGAAAAGGCCUCUAUUUGGACAGUGCUUUUUUUUAAUAAUAUAUGACAAAUGAAGAUAUUUCAUUGGUUAAUUGAUACUCAGGGUUCGUUUAAAAUAAAAACACAAAAAUAUAUGCUUGAAGGAAAUAUGGAUUCUUGAAGAAAUUUCCCAAGGAAGUCUCUGAAUUUAAGACUUUCGUGUUUUUAUUUUAAACGCAUGCCAAUUCAAUUUACAAAUGAAAUGUAUUCAUUUGUCGUAUGUUACUCAAAUAAAGCACUGUACAGUCACAAUCAACAAAUCCGUGGAAAAUCCACGUGACCAGAACAAGAAAUCUUCAUCCAACUCACAGACGUUCUCUUGCGCGCUUUGUAAAGAGUAGCGUCUGUUCAAAGGCUAAAACAAAAUAGAAUAUUAAAAAAUAGUGAAUGACAUUUGAUAUAAGUCAUGUAUGUAGACAAUAAGAUUCCGCAAAUAAAAAUUUUCAUGUCAUGUCAUGUCAUGUUAUGUCAUAUCAUGUAAAAUUCAAACACAAGCGCUUCGAAUAACGUUUUAAAAAAAUAGUACCCUCACCCCUGGCUAACGCCGGAACAACAAAAAUUAAUUAGGAACAAAACAAAAUUAAUUAGGAACGAAACAAAAAUUGACUAGCAAUAGAAACAAAUGUUUUCUGCCGCUUCAUCGACUAGGUUUACAGAGCAGUAAUAUGCCGAGAAUGUUGAGAAUGUUCACCGUGUGUCUAUAUAAUAGCAAUGUGCUAAAUAUUCUGUAUUUUCCCCAGAUUUUACGAUCAACUCGAAGAGGACGAGGCGAACAGCGACGACUCGCAAACACCCCCUCCGACGUUCGAGGAUCGCCCGCUCCAUUGCGUGGACAACGAGAUGAAAGCUAUUAACAUCAAGUCAAAGUUCGCCGGGUUGAGUUCAUCGUCGCUCGAGAAUGCGUACCACUUUGCACAGUCGACCGCCCCCAUGACCCCACCCACGCUUUCGACAGCCGCGCCAACGGCCGUGAUGGGAUCCACAACGAAAUACAUGUCGCCAUACCUGCGCAACAGGAGGCUUGACGAUCCUCUCCCAAAGUGCUGGAAGACUAACAAGCCCGGGCCACCAGAUGGACGAAUGGUCAAAGUGAACAAGAAUUGCGUUCACUUUUAUGACGGAGACUCCUGCGACAUUUUCAUGAACGACAAAAGUCAUCAACGUUUGCUUACCCUCGCGGAGCCAAAACGCAAGAUCUCGGUACGCACCUUAGGCAACGAUGCCCCAGAAAUGGCAUUUGCGGUUCGUUUCUACAAGCAGGCAGAAAGUAGUACGAAAAUGCAUGCCGUUUUGACAAGACAUAUAGGUGUGGAGUCGCUGCGGGCAGUACGCCAGAUGGUUUUCGAGAGUAAACAGGUAUAAAAUAUAUAGCACAUAUAUAGCACAUAUACGUAGUUUUUAUCUCAAAAGGUCAAUUCAGUCGGUCAGUCGGGUCAGUCACAUUAAUAUUUAUACCUGUUUUCCAUGAAUCCGUGUCUAUCGAAUGCCACUACAGCUUGUUUCAUCCAAGAGGAAUCACCAGGGUGGUCUCCUGACAAUUCCUCUUGGAAGAAACAGGUAGGUUAUAUAAAAAAAAGUUAGAAAAGCAGUUCUUUUCCUCUAUAGAAUUGAGAUCGGGGGUCUCGUGCAUUUUGCGUGUACGUGUGGCUUCUCCCUGUCGUAGAUUGACAUAUACGACAGAAAGAAGCUACACACAUACGCAGGAUAAGAGCCACGAUCAAAUUUAAAGAGGAAAGCAAUGAACUAGCAGCCUAUUCGUUCAAUAAGCUGAUAGCAAACUCGACAAACGUAUCAUUUCUUCAGCCAGUUUGCAUUAAAUUUUAGUAACUAUCCAUUUUCACUGUGUACUCUAAGUAUUCUAAAUAAAUUGUUUCUCUCUUUAUUUUUCUCUUUCCUUCUUCGCAGAUCUAUCUGGAAUGUGAUACGGCCGAUGACGGAACGCCAUUCGUGCCUUAUGAUCGCUAUCAACGUGCCCUCGUGAACAUAUGGCUUGAGAACAACCAAGGUGUCUUGGAAAACCUCGCCGUAAAACUGGCGUCGGCCGGAUAUACGAUGUCGUUUUACGUGAAGGGGAUAAGUCAACUAAUCGACGAAGCCAUGCGGGAAGCGAUAAAGCACAAAGCGGGCAUGUUCAAUUUGCCCGAAGAAGUUUUCCUUCACCCCUUUCGUCCGUGGGAUCUACGCAAGCGCUGGACUGAUUUGGGCUCUUGCCCAGUCGACUACAAAGCCUUCGCGCAAAUCACCAACGCCCCACAACACCCGGAGAGCGCGUGGAAAGAGGGCCAAGCAAGCGUCGUAGACGAAGAGCGAGAGUUGGAAGACGGUAAAGAAACAGCCGUAUACCACUUCCGAAUGGUCGAAUCAUCCAUGCGCUUCGAAAGCCUGUGCUAUAAGGCCCCAAGCACAAUACCCGGAGCAGGAUUUGGCCUCUUCCUGCGACCCCAUGCCACCAUCGCAGAAGGGACACACCUAUGCAUGUACGCCAACAGACCAGCCACACGCGAGGAGCUCUUUCAAAGCUCAAGAGAUUAUACACUAAUGUCCAGCACAGGGAAGUGGUACGAUGCUGAGAUCGAAACCGGAAACAAUCUCGGGCGAUUUGCCAAUAUGCCACUGGUGAAAGAAUCGCUGAAUAAAGUCGUCCAGCUAUCGAAGAAAACCACGCACACAGAGUUCAACGAGCACCAGUGGAAGGAAAUGGAAGACGAUAUACUAAAAGAGUGCGACGCCACGUAUAAAGUAGAGAAGAACCAGCUAGUCGUCGUUGCCAGACGAGAGAUCGAAGCGAGCAACGUUGCACACGAGGUGUUUGCAUCAUACGGGUCGCUGCGGGAAUACUGGCUGAAGGGCAUCCACGAAUCGCCAGAGAACUACCCAUCAUACAUGGUGGAAACUGUUCGAUGGCUGUUGACGUCACCUGAGUGCAACUGGAGCGAGGCACAGCGGCAACACUGG